GCGCGCCGCGCCCCUCCACGCCCCCCGGCCGGCCGCGGGCUGAUGUCCUGAGCUCGCUGCCGCGGGCCCCGCGCCCCGCCCGGGCCGCCCUGGGACGAGGCGCGCCGGGUAUGCGCCGUCACCAUGUCCCCGCUGGGCUCGUGGCGCGGUGAGGUCCAGUGGCUGGUCCUGGUGUCGCUGUUCGUCGUGGCCCUGGGCACGGUGGGCCUGUACCUGGCGCAGUGGGCGCUGGCCAGGGCGCGACCCCGGCCCCCGCGGCGCGCGUCCGAGCGCCCCGAGUCGGACGUGCUGCUCUGCUGGAUCCUGACGUUGACCAGCUGGAGGAGCCAGUGGCAGGCUGCCUGGGUGGCCGCCCUGAACCGGGAGGCCAGACGGAGAGCGGGCCCGCUGCUCCUGUCCUUCGAGGAGGACCCACUGCAGCCACCCUUGGAGCUGGCGGUGCAGCAGGUCUCGAGCAUGUCCAGGUCGGCCCGGGAGAAGGUGGUGUCCUGUCAUGUGGUAGGCCAGACGCUUCAGUUUCUGGUCAGCAUGGUGCCCGCCUCGCCCAAGGACACAGGGCACCAGCAGUGUGGCGUGCGGCUGUCCCCAUUUCAUUUACAGCUGGAGCUCACCAUGGAAGAGGAGAGAGAAGACAUUCAGAUCAGGUGGUCAUUCAUCAGCGUGCCAGAAAUGACCAUUACGAUCCAGCCCAAAGCACCAGGGGAGGACCGGGCGGUUGCCAUGAAUACAGUAUCUGAAACUCUCCAGGAUAUUUUGAAGCACCUGGUCAGUUCCGCAUCCCCAUCGGUGGUUCUGAGCACCCGGCCUGCGGACGUGAAGGAAGUGCAGAGUCUCCAGUGCACAUCAUCUGCUCCCCAGGAGCCCUGUCCCCCCAAACCUCCAAGGGCUCACGAACUCAAGCUGCUGGUGAAGAACAUCCGAGCCUCGCUGCUAAAUGACCCUGGUGCUUCAGGCAACGUGAACCUACUGUGUACAGUUCAGCUGAAUGACCCCGUUCAGAAGCUGUCCACCGCCCUCCCGAAAAACACUAGUGACCUCGCCUGGGAAGAAGAAUUCACCUUCGAGCUGAAUGCCAAGUCGAAGGAAUUGUACCUGCGGAUUUCAGAAGAUGGGCAGCCCUCAGAAGGUCUGCUGGCGAUGACGACUGUUCCUUUGGAUUUGUUUAAGAAGCAGCCCUCUGGGCUACAAAGCUUUACGCUGACUGGCGGGCCCUCGGCAGGCAGCCCAGUGUUGGGGUCGGUCACCGCAGAGUUCUGUUUCGUAGAACCCGGGGAAGCGAAAUCCUGGCAGCCGCCGCCGCCUGUCCCUGCUGCGAAGAUAGAAAAAGACCGCACGGUGAUGCCCUGUGGGACUGUGGUCACCACUGUCACGGCCGUGAAAACCAAGCCUCGCUUCGACGCGGGGAGGGCGUCCCCGCUGAGCUCUGAGUCUCCCCUGAGGACGCCUGUCAAGGUGAAGGUGAUUGAGAAGGACAUCUCCGUCCAAGCCGUCUCCUGCCACGGCGCUCCCGUCAGUAAAACCCUGUCUUCCUCAGACACAGAACUGUUGGUGCUGAAUGGCUCGGAUCCAGUGGCCGAGGUCGCCAUUCGACAGCUCAGCGAAUCUUCGAAGCUGAAGCUGAAAUCGCCGAGGAAGAAAAGCACCAUCAUCAUAUCAGGGGUCUCCAAGACCUCGCUAUGUCAGGACAGUGAUGCCGCCCUGAUGCUGGACUACGCGGCUUCCAUGGACAGCACCCGCGAGGAUGACGCCCUGUCCCAGCGCGGGGCGGCUGUGGCCUCUGCCCUGCCCGAGGAGGAGCCCUCAGCACGGGCAUCAUUGGUCCUGGAGCCCCAGGAUUGCGAGCUGGCCUCCUUGGACUUGGAGAAGGAGUCACAGGCCGAGGUGUGGGAUGACCAAGCCCCACGGUUCCCCGAAGGGGAUGAGCUGUCAGAGAGCUCCCUGAGUGUCUCAGAGCCGGGCGCUGCCAAAAAGCAUAAAGGAGGCAUCCUAAGGAAAGGCGCCAAGCUGUUCUUCCGCCGGCGGCAUCACCAGAAGGACCCUGGCCUGAGCCAGUCACACAACGACCUCGUGUUCCUGCAGCAGCCGGAGGCGGCCCGGAGGCGGGGCGUCACGCUCACCAGGAUCCUCAACAGGAAGCUGCUGUCCAAGCACAGAAGCAAAAGCACCGUGAACGGGGACCCCUGUGCAUAGGCCCGGUCGGCGGCCUCCUUCACGGUGAUGCUGGGAGACGUGGACCCCAUCACGACCCACCAGGACACGCCGGCGUGCCAGUGAGCUGUCAGAUGCCCGCCCUGUCUAGCUGCAGUUUCCCCAGCAGUGUCACCUUUUAAAGGGGAAGGAAAUCUGAGCCUCCGGCUGGGAGGUCCCCCUAGAGACAACUGACAGAGCCCAACUGGCUGCCAGAGGCACAGGAGACCCCAUGGCUCCUGUGCAUGGGCUGUGCUCAGAUUUGAGAGCUAAAGUUCAUUAUUAGGGGGAGACUGAUGAUGAACUAAAGAACAUACUACAUGGGCUGUGGAUGGGGCAGGUUUGGGGACUCGGUUUCACCCACUCUGUGCUCUGACGGGUAUGAUGUGGAGUCCACGCCUGGACUGCAUCACAAGGAGACUGUGCCGUCACUGUGAACGGGAUGCACAGGUCACCUCUCCUAAGUGGCUGCUCCAGAAAAAACGGGGCAGUCGGCUCUGAGUACAGAGAGCUGGGACAUCGGUGGUUUCAACAGAGAAAUCACGAUAGGAAUGGAAACACUGUGACAAACAUAGGAAGACAAUUACCUUUGUUCUUAGCCAUAGGACUUGAAAAUUUAUGCAAAUACUGAAUAUACCCCAUGCAUAUUGUGAUGAACACUUUUCUAAGUUUACUUUGAGCCUAUCUGCGAGUGGGAGAUACAUAAAUUCUUAUGUGGUUUUUACAUUUUUCUCUAUGUUGUGAAAAACUCUACUAAAACCAGUGGAGCAGUCCACACACGGAUUUUGGUCCCCAUCUGGCACACUUGCGAAAUGGAGUGCAGCAAGCCUGUCCAGUGAACUAGGGAACAAUAAGUGACAGCUAAGAGAAUGUGGGACCCACACACGCCUGGAUUUUCUUUGGUCCGAGGUUGGUUUGCCAAAUAUUGCCAAGAGCGGAAACAAAGUACUUUUAGGGCUAAAGAGGAAAUUCUUUUUCUGUCUCAGGUGUCAGCCUUAGGAACGGACGUUGAAGGACGAAGACCCUUCCUUACGGGACUCGUCAGACUCUACUGUGAAUGCUCCACACGCGUUGGCGUGACCGUGUUUUGGUUUCCAGUGGAAAAAAUGAUAAACUUGAUACGCGAUUUUAAUAUCCCUACGUGUCUUUCAAACCGCUUUCCGCAGUAGCACGCCACUUAGGUGCAUUCACAAACUGAGUGUGCCACUUUUAGAGGAGAUAUGCUCGUUAAAAAGCAGCUGUCAUUCGGGGGAAAGGUUCUGAUGGUUUAAUGCGAUUCCUUUUUCCUCCAACACGAUUUAAAAGGCUAUUACAAAAACUUGACGCUUGUCACGGAUGUGAAAUUGGAUGGGCGUUUUGGUUAAUCCUUAAAUGUGUAUUUCAGGGGUAAGAGAGCCAUUGAUGUGAGCAAGAAAGUUUUAUAAAAACCAAAAUUACAGAAUUUUUUUCCCUUUAUUGGGAAGGAGAAUCUAGAAAUCUACAUUAAGAAUUCUACUUUAAAAUUCUUUACAUUACAAAAUUCUUAGGUGUCCCAGGAAUUAUCAAGUGACUGUACUAUGACUUAUUUACCAUACUUUGUUUUUAAAGAUUAUAUUCCAAUUUUAAUCAUUGUAAAAUAGCAUCUGGCAUUACAACAUCUAUUCAUACUCAAUACCCACAUGUUGGUAAUCCACUACUAACCUUUUGGGGAUGUUUGGUCACUAAUGUUGUGUUUUACUUGAAGGAUUUCUGUUCUUUCUCAUGCAGCAGGAAGAACGUGUGACGUGUAAGAAUGAAUUCCAAGAAGACAUUAUGUGUCAGAAUAUCAAACACUGACCAGAAAUUUUUGGUAGUUUUUUUUCGUUUCAUUUUGAAAUUCAGAUGGACUCAAUUUAUUCCAGUGUGAAGGUAUCAGUUUUAGAUUGAGUUUUCUCGCUAAAAAAAAAAAAAAAUUUGUGUUUAGCCAUUCCCAGACUGACCCCAGGAGCCUCACCAUUUAACACCUUCGUCAAGGGCUCUGCUUUCUCAACUUCCUUGUGACUUGAAACCUCUCCAGGGUCCUGGGAAAGUGCCAGGUGGGCUGCAUCCCUCCUUCACCAGUGAGAUACGGGAGGCAGAGAGUGUGGUCUUGGAGCUCCGUUCCUUUUUGUCUGCUGGGCACACAUGAGCUUCUGGACGCUGGAGUAAGCCCCAGGAGCCUGUCCUCCAGGCGCACACACCCAGUCUCCACAACGGCCUUUUCUGGUUAGAGGACCAGGAUGCACCAGGAGACAAUGGGCUGUAUCAAUUCUGUGAAUGUGUCUUUUCCAAGCUGUUCAUCCAGGUUUGUUUUUUAAUGGUGUAGGGUAUUUAUGGUAAAGUCAAUGUCAUUAGGGUUAAAUAUCAAUUAAGAUUAUGCAGCCAGUAUAAAACGUGCUCAUUUGUAAACCACCUCCUCCCUUACCCUUCCCUGCAAGCAUUAGUGGCUGCAGGGCUUCCGGUUUUGCUUUCGGGUCUUGAUGAAAUGUUUGCAGUGGAAUUGAAUUUGAACAGUGAUUCCUCGUGAGCACUAAUAUUAACGCAUGUCUGUCUGUCUGUCUGGGACCAGGAGCGCACGCUGGUUUUAAUGAGCUGGCAGCGUUUCCGUCCGCUUUGUGUGAGGGUGUGCUUGUGUUCUUUGUAGAGGCGUGAAAUGGAGUUUUAAGUGUGAGUGCGCUUAACGCAGCAUUAACGAAAGUAUCCAUCUCGUUGUCCGCACUGAAAGCCUGCUAUGGGGAAGAAGGUUCAGAGCACUUUAUUUAUAUAAUCGAGUCUCAAGUUGAAGUUCAAAACCAGCCCUUGAUUUCCUGGUGAUGGCUAUCGGGCCCGUCACUGCCAACCAGUCGCAAAUUAGGUGCCUUUCUAGAUGUCUGAUUGGUUCUACCGGCCACAUUGAUAGAAGAAAGUUGUAGAGUUUCUUUCUGAGCACAAAGGGAAAGAUGCAUUUAUACUGCUGCCACCAAACGCAGGCGUUUGCUGAGUGAUGACUCCACUCAGGCUUUUCGAACCUCAACACAUUAGUGGACAUUCAAGGUUAGAACACUUAUCUCUACUGGAUAGAAAACAGCCCAGUAUUGACGGAGACCCUGAUGCUGGGCCGUCUGUCCACUGCCCCAAACCUGCCAAGGCGUGAUUACCAAAGCAAGUGACACAGGGACAAUGCACUGCGACAUCCUGCAAAGCAAACUCAGGUUACCUCUGAUUCCUUGUCUUCAGCGUUCCUACUGUACGUGUGACGAGGCAUUAACCACCCCAGCUCACCCAGCCUCCAACGGGUCCGGAAUGUUUAUAAUUUAGGCUUUUAGUUUUUAUUGCCCAGUGUCACAUCAAAGCUACAUUUUUUAAAAAAGAAAAGGUUUCCUAGGUUUGUGGAAAGGUUUGGCUUGUGAUCCAGUGUGGUGAUGAAUUUACAUGACAAUGAUUGUAUUCCUCCGUAGCACUUUAAACAUGAUUCCAGUCAGCCAUCAGCCCUGUGCCGUGCGGUUCACUUGGACACGACGUGGCUGGAACGCGAAUGAUCUUUAAAGAAAUAAAUGUGCACAUGGAACCCUAAA